AUGGCAUUGCCAAAACGUAUUAUUAAAGCAAGUCGCAAUUUCGUAUUCAUUCUAUUCGUUGCAACGUACCAAACCCUUGAGACUGAGAGGCUGAUGGCAGAACCAGCUCCUGGAAUAAGUGCCAUACCCCAUGAAGAAAACUUGAGAUAUUUCGAUGUGGUUAUUGCUGGUCCAAACCAAUCGCCAUUCGAAGGUGGAGUGUUCAAGUUGGAGCUCUUCCUACCUGAAGAAUACCCCAUGGCUCCUCCCAAAGUCAGAUUCUUGACCAAGAUCUAUCAUCCAAAUAUCGACAAGUUGGGUCGAAUCUGUUUGGACAUACUCAAAGAUAAAUGGUCUCCAGCACUUCAAAUUCGUACUGUCUUAUUAUCUGUGCAAGCUUUACUCUCUGCUCCCAACCCAGAUGACCCACUGGCAAAUGAUGUUGCACAACACUGGAAGGAGAACGAGAAGGCUGCCAUCGCGACAGCUCGUGAAUGGACAAACAAGUAUGCCUCAGCGACUGCCUAA